CAGGAAGGCCCCCGGGAGGCUACAGUAUGCAACCUGGGGCUGAAAGGCAGGCAGGAGGGCUUCGUGGAAGAAGGUGUACUGUGUGGGGUGGCAGGAGUUAGAAAAGGUGACCUGGCCAGGGCAACUGCGCAUGCAAAGGCCUGAGAGAAGAGAGCCUCCAGUUUCCCAGGGCCUCGUGGUUACGUGGAGGAGUUGGAGCUUAUCCUGAGGGCACUGGGGAGCCAUGGGAGGUGUUUGAGCAGGGGAGUAAUGAGAUCUGACUUGUGACAUUUCAAGCUCCCUCUGGCUGUGCAUGAGGGAUGGUGGGAGGCCAGGAAGAGACUGAUCAGAAUGUCCUGACAGAGAGGGGGUCAGGAGCUGGGGGAGGCACGAUUCGCUGGGCAGAGCUUGGAGGGACCAGCUCAGUCUAAUGAGGACCCAGAAGUGAGCACCGAGUGUGGGGAGAGGGAAGGUGUCUGGGGCUUGACUUGGGCCAGCUGAGAAGAGCCAUGUAGGGGAGGCCUGUGUCUGGGGAGCAGGAGGGAGAUGCGUGUUGUUUUCCACUUCAUCUGCUCUUUCUGCCUGGCUGGGUAUGGCAUGGUGACCUCGGGUGGAACGCAGGGCCCCAGUCAGACCCCAGGGUCUCCCUGCAUAUGGCCCCCAACCCCAGGCCUGAUCCCUGGUGGAGACCCCAACAGCCAUGGACAUCAUCGAAUCAGGAUGGGAGGUGACGGCUGUGGUCCUCAGGCCGCCUGAUUUCCAGUCCCCGUGCCCCUCCCACCCUGGCCUUGCCCACUUCUGCCCUGCAGAGGGGCAGCCCGAGGCGAGAGGGGGGCGGGUGUUGGGCCUCCAGCCUGAACUUCCAGCGCCUCCCAGGCAGGGUCUGGGUGCCAGUGAUGUCGUGUUCCCUUCCUUACUGGGUCAGUUUCCCAGGGCCUCGGUCUCUCCCUCUGGGAACAGCUGACUGGUGGUCCCUAAGACUCAGGACAGACCAGGAAUGAGCCACAUGACACGACGCUGCAGGAGCUGAAGAUGACGAGCUCCGUGGCGUCCUACGAGCAGCUGGUGCGGCAGGUGGAGGCCUUGAAGGCCGAGAACAGCCACCUGAGGCAGGAGCUCCGGGAUAACUCCAGCCACCUGUCCAAGCUGCAGACAGAGACGUCGGGCAUGAAGGAGGUGUUGAAGCAUCUGCAGGGGAAGCUGGAGCAGGAGGCCCGAGUGCUGGUGUCCUCGGGACAGACGGAGGUGCUAGAGCAGCUGAAAGCCCUGCAGAUGGACAUCGCCAGCCUGUACAACCUCAAAUUCCAGCCGCCUGCCCUGGGCCCGGAACCUGCUGCCCGGACCCCCGAGGGCAGCCCGGUACAUGGCUCCGGGCCCUCUAAGGACAGCCUUGGGGAGCUGAGCCGGGCCACCAUCCGGCUGCUGGAGGAACUGGACCGGGAACGGUGUUUCCUGCUGAAUGAGAUUGAGAAGGAGGAGAAGGAGAAGCUCUGGUACUACUCUCAGCUGCAGGGCCUGUCCAAGCGCCUGGAAGAGCUGCCGCACGUGGAGACGCAGUUUUCGAUGCAGAUGGACCUGAUACGGCAGCAGCUGGAGUUCGAGGCCCAGCACAUCCGCUCACUGAUGGAGGAGCGCUUUGGCACCUCGGACGAGAUGGUGCAGCGGGCGCAGAUCCGCGCCUCGCGCCUGGAACAGAUUGACAAGGAGUUGCUGGAGGCACAGGACCGAGUGCAGCAGACGGAGCCCCAGGCCUUGCUGGCGGUGAAGUCGAUGCCGGUGGACGAGGACCACGAGACAGAGGUCCCCACACACCCAGAGGAUGGCACCCCUCAGCCAGGCAACAGCAAGGUGGAGGUGGUCUUCUGGCUGUUGUCCAUGUUGGCGACGCGUGACCAGGAGGAUACUGCGCGCACGCUGCUGGCCAUGUCCAGCUCGCCGGAGAGCUGCGUGGCCAUGCGCCGCUCGGGCUGCCUGCCGCUGCUGCUGCAGAUCCUCCACGGCACCGGCACUGAGGCCGGGGGUCGCGCCGGGGCUCCAGGGGCGCCGGGGGCCAAGGACGCGCGCAUGCGUGCCAACGCGGCUCUGCACAACAUCGUCUUCUCGCAGCCGGACCAGGGCCUGGCGCGCAAGGAGAUGCGCGUCCUGCACGUGCUGGAGCAGAUCCGCGCCUACUGCGAGACGUGCUGGGACUGGCUGCAGGCCCGGGAGGGCGGACCCGACGGAGGCGGAGCCAGUGGCGCCCCGGUCCCCAUCGAGCCGCAGAUCUGCCAGGCCACCUGUGCGGUGAUGAAGCUGUCCUUUGAUGAGGAAUACCGCCGUGCCAUGAACGAGUUAGGUGGGCUGCAGGCCGUGGCGGAGCUGCUGCAGGUUGACUACGAGAUGCACAAGAUGACCCGGGACCCGCUGAACCUGGCGCUGCGCCGCUACUCGGGCAUGACCCUCACCAACCUCACCUUCGGGGACGUGGCCAACAAGGCCACCCUGUGUGCACGCCGGGGCUGCAUGGAGGCCAUCGUGGCCCAGCUGGCCUCAGACAGCGAGGAGCUCCACCAGGUGGUGUCCAGCAUCCUCCGCAACCUCUCCUGGCGGGCCGACAUCAACAGCAAGAAGGUGCUGAGGGAGGCGGGCAGUGUGGCCGCCCUGGUGCAGUGCGUCCUGCGGGCCACCAAGGAGUCCACCCUGAAGAGCGUGCUCAGCGCCCUGUGGAACCUGUCUGCGCACAGCACGGAGAACAAGGCGGCCAUCUGCCAGGUGGACGGCGCCCUGGGCUUCCUGGUGAGCACCCUGACCUACAGGUGCCAGAGCAACUCGCUGGCCAUCAUCGAGAGCGGCGGCGGCAUCCUGCGCAACGUGUCCAGCCUGAUCGCCACGCGGGAGGACUACAGGCAGGUGCUCCGGGAUCACAGCUGUCUGCAGACGCUGCUGCAGCACCUGACCUCGCACAGCCUGACCAUCGUGAGCAACGCGUGCGGCACGCUCUGGAACCUGUCAGCCCGCAGCGCGCGCGACCAGGAGCUGCUGUGGGACCUGGGCGCCGUGGGCAUGCUGCGGAACCUGGUACACUCCAAACACAAGAUGAUCGCCAUGGGCAGCGCCGCCGCCCUGCGCAACCUGCUGGCCCACAGGCCCGCCAAGCACCAGGCGGCCGCCACCGCCGUGUCCCCGGGCAGCUGCGUGCCCAGCCUGUACGUGCGCAAGCAGCGGGCGCUGGAGGCCGAGCUGGACGCGCGGCACCUGGCGCAGGCGCUGGAGCACCUGGAGAAGCAGGGCCCACCCGCCGCCGACGCCGCUGCUAAGAAGCCGCUGCCACCCCUGCGACACCUGGACGGCCUGGCUCAAGACUACGCUUCCGACUCAGGGUGCUUUGACGACGACGAUGCGCCGUCAUCCCUAGCCGCGGCUGCGGCCACUGGGGAGCCGGCCAGCCCCGCAGCACUGUCACUGUUCCUGGGCAGCCCCUUCCUGCAAGGGCAGGCGCUGGCCCGCACCCCGCCCACGCGCCGCGGUGGCAUGGAGGCGGAGAAGGAGGCCAAUGGGGAGGCCGCCGUGGCGGCCAAGGCCAAGGCCAAGCUGGCGCUUGCAGUGGCGCGCAUCGACCAGUUGGUGGAGGACAUCUCCGCCCUGCACACCUCCUCCGACGACAGCUUCAGCCUCAGCUCUGGGGACCCCGGGCAGGAGGCGCCACGGGAGGGCCGUGCCCAGUCCUGCUCACCAUGCCGUGGCCCCGAGGGCGGGCGGCGAGACGCAGGCAACCGGGGACACCCACUGCUGCGGCUCAAGGCGGCCCACGCCAGCCUCUCCAAUGACAGCCUCAACAGCGGCAGUGCCAGUGAUGGGUACUGCCCACGCGAGCACAUGCAGCCCUGCCCGCUGGCCGCACUAGCUUCGCGCCGCGAGGACCCCAGGUGUGGGCAGCCUCGGCCCAGCCGGCUUGACCUUGACCUGCCAGGCAGCCAGGGUGAGGCCCCCGCCAGGGAGGCCGCAUCCGCCGACGCCCGUGUGCGCACCAUCAAGCUGUCGCCCACCUACCAGCACGUGCCGCUGCUCGAGGGUGCCACGAGGGCGGGUGCAGAGCCCCUCGCGGGGACUGGGUCCCGAAAGCAGGCCUGGCUGCCGGCAGACCAUCUGAGCAAGGUUCCCGAGAAGCUGGCGGCGGCCCCACUGUCCGCGGCCAGUAAGGCGCUGCAGAAGCUGGUAGCGCAGGAGGCGCCGCUCUCGCUGUCCCGAUGCAGCUCCCUCUCCUCGCUGUCCUCCGCAGGCCGCCCAGGCCCCAGCGAGGGCGGUGACCUGGAUGACAGUGACUCCUCCCUGGAGGGACUGGAGGAGGCAGGCCCUGGCGAGGCUGAGUUGGACAGCGCGUGGACAGCGCCCGGGGCCGCCUCCCUGCCCGUAGCCAUCCCGGCUCCCCGGCGUAGCCGAGGCCGGGGCCUGGGGGUGGAGGACGCCACGCCGUCCAGCUCCUCAGAGAACUACGUGCAGGAGACGCCGCUGGUGCUGAGCCGCUGCAGCUCCGUGAGCUCGCUGGGCAGCUUCGAGAGCCCGUCCAUCGCCAGCUCCAUCCCCAGUGACCCCUGCAGCGGGCAGGGCAGCGGCACCAUCAGCCCUAGCGAGCUGCCCGACAGCCCUGGGCAGACCAUGCCGCCAAGCCGGAGCAAGACGCCGCCGCUGGCGCCCGUGCCAGCAGGUGCCCCCGAGGCCAGCCAGUUCAGCCUGCAGUGGGAGAGCUACGUGAAGCGCUUCCUGGACAUCGCGGACUGCCGUGAGCGCUGCCGGCUCCCAUCGGAGCUGGACGCGGGCAGCGUGCGCUUCACCGCGGAGAAGCCGGAUGAGAACUUCUCGUGCGCCUCCAGCCUCAGCGCGCUGGCCCUGCACGAGCACUACGUCCAGCAGGACGUGGAGCUGCGGCUGCUGCCCUCGGCCUGCCCGGAACGCGGCGGGGGUGCGGGGGCCGCCGGCCUCCACUUCGCAGGGCACCGCCGGCGGGAGGAGGGGCCCGCGCCCACCGGCUCUCGACCCCGUGGGGCCGCGGACCAGGAGCUGGAGCUGCUGCGGGAGUGCCUGGGGGCCGCCGUGCCUGCCCGGCUGCGCAAGGUGGCCUCAGCGCUGGUGCCAGGUCGCCGCGCGCUGCCCGUGCCCGUCUACAUGUUGGUGCCCGCUCCGGCCCCGGCCCGGAACCAGGAGGAGGACUCCUGUACCGACUCCGCGGAGGGCACGCCGGUCAACUUCUCCAGCGCCGCCUCCCUCAGCGACGAAACGCUGCAGGGACCCCCCAGAGACCAGCCUGGGAAACCAGCGGGCAGGCAGAGACCCACCGGCCGCCCCACCUCGGCCAAGCAGUCCGUCGGGCACCGGCGCAAGGCGGGAGGCGCCGGCCGCAGCGCGGAGCAGGCCCAGGGUGCAGGCAAGAACCGAGCGGGGCUGGAGCUGCCCCUGGGCCGGCCCCCGAGCGCCCCCGCAGACAAGGACGUCUCAAAGCCCGGCCGGACCCGCGGGGACGGGGCGCUCCAGUCGCUGUGCCUCACGACACCCACUGAGGAGGCCGUGUACUGCUUUUACGGCAAUGACUCCGACGAGGAGCCCCCUGCGGCCGCACCGACGCCCACCCACCGGCGCACGUCUGCCAUUCCCCGCGCGCUCACGCGGGAGCGCCCGCACGGCCGGAAGGAGGCCCAUGCCCCGUCCAAGGCAGCGCAGUCUGCCCUCCCGCCCGCCCGGGCCCAGCCCAGCCUCAUCGCAGACGAGACCCCGCCCUGCUACUCCCUGAGCUCCUCGGCCAGCUCCCUGAGUGAGCCCGAGCCCCCAGAGACACCGGCACCGCCGUCCGUCCGUCCACGAGGACGGGAGCCUUCGAUCACCAAGGACCCAGGCCCGGGGGGCAGCCUUGACAGCUCGCCCAGCCCUCGGGCCGCGGAGGAGCUGCUGCAGCGCUGCAUCAGCUCGGCCCUGCCCAGACGCCGGCCCCCCGUGUCCGGCCUGCGGCGCCGCAAGCCCCGUGCCACGCGGCUGGAUGAACGGCCGGCAGACGGAUCCCGGGAGCGCGGCGAGGAGGCAGCGGGUUCGGACCGGGCCUCAGACCUGGACAGCGUGGAGUGGCGAGCCAUCCAGGAGGGCGCCAACUCCAUCGUCACGUGGCUGCACCAGGCGGCGGCUGCCACGCGCGAGGCAUCAUCUGAGUCUGACUCCAUCCUGUCCUUCGUAUCUGGGCUGUCGGUGGGCUCCACCCUACAGCCCCCCAAGCACAGGAAGGGACGACAGGCGGGAGGCGAAACCGCCAAUGCCCGGCGGCCAGAGAAACGGGGCACAGCCUCAGCCAAGACCGGAGGGAGCUCCCGUUCCCCUGCGGGCCCUGAGAAGUCACGUGGCACACAGAAGACCACGCCCGGGGUGCCCGCUGUGCUCCGGGGACGAACGGUCAUCUACGUGCCCAGCCCAGCACCCCGGGCCCAGCCCAAAGGGACUCCCGGCCCCCGCACCACACCGCGGAAGGUGGCGCCCCCUUGCCUGGCACAGCCCGCGGCUCCAGCCAAAGUCCCCAGCCCCGGACAGCAGCGGUCAAGGAGCCUACACCGGCCCGGCAAGACCUCGGAGCUGGCGACGCUGAGCCAACCCCCUAGGAGCGCCACACCACCCGCCCGCCUCGCCAAGACCCCCUCCUCCAGCUCCUCUCAGACCUCGCCCGCCUCCCAGCCCCUGCCCAGAAAGCGCCCCCAAGUUACCCAGGCUGCUGGGUCCCUGCCCGGCCCCGGGGCCUCCCCGGUGCCCAAGACGCCGGCGCGCACCCUCUUGGCGAAGCAGCACAAGACACAGAGGUCGCCCGUGCGGAUCCCGUUCAUGCAGAGACCAGCCCGGCGGGGGCCGCCAGCGCUGGCUCGGGCAGUCCCGGAGCCGGGCCCCAGGGGCCGGGCGGGGGCCGAGGUGGGCCCGGGAACGCGCGGGGGCCGCCUGGGCCUCGUGCGCGUGGCCUCGGCCCUCUCCAGCGGCAGCGAGUCCUCCGACCGCUCGGGCUUCCGGCGACAACUGACCUUCAUCAAGGAGUCGCCCGGCUUGCGGCGCCGCCGCUCGGAGCUGUCCUCGGCCGAGUCCGCGGCCUCUGCCCCCCAGGGCGCCUCGCCCCGCCGCGGCCGACCCGCGCUGCCCGCGGUCUUCCUCUGCUCCUCGCGCUGCGAAGAGCUCCGAACGGCGCCCCGGCAGGCCGCGUCCCCGCAGCGGCCCCCCGCGACCCGACCCGGCCCCGGCGAGCGCCCGGCCCGGCGCACCAGCUCCGAGAGCCCGUCCCGCCUGCCCGUGCGCGCGCCCGCCGCCCGGCCCGAGACGGUCAAGCGCUACGCGUCGCUGCCCCACAUCAGCGUGGCCCGCAGGCCGGACAGCGCCGCCCCCCUGGCCCCCGCCCCCACCGACGCCGCGCGCCGCAGCAGCGACGGGGAGCCCCGGCCGCUCCCCAGAGUGGCCGCGCCAGGCACGACGUGGCGGCGCAUCCGAGACGAGGACGUGCCCCACAUCCUUCGCAGCACGCUGCCCGCCACGGCCCUGCCACUGCGAAGCUCCACGCCCGAAGACGCCCCGGCUGCGCCCCCGCUGCGCAAGACCAGCGAUGCAGUCGUCCAGACAGAGGAGGUCGCUGCCCCCAAGACCAACUCCAGCACGUCCCCGAGCCUGGAGAGCAGGGAGCCCCCCGGAGUCCCCGCCGGCGCCCCGCUCUCCCUCCUCGGCAGCGACGUGGACGGGCCCGGCCUCACCAAGGCUCCCAUCUCCGCACCCUUCGUGCACGAGGGCCUGGGGGUUGCCGUAGGGGGCUUCCCCGCCAGUCGGCACGGCUCCCCCAGCCGCUCGGCCCGAGUACCCCCCUUCAAUUAUGUGCCCAGCCCCAUGGUGGCUGCAGCCACCACCGACUCAGCCGCGGAGAAAGCCCCGGCCACCGCCUCGGCCAGUCUCCUGGAAUAGUGGCCUAGGCCGGCCCUCUGGAACGUUCUCUCCCGGCCCUGCGGCCCGGUCUGGCUGCCCCGUGGGCCUGCGCUGUAGAUGCCCCCCCGUAGGUCGCCCCAGGGCCUCUGCCCAGCUGAGCCCCACCACCCUCUGAGCCCCCGCCCAGCGCAAGGGGGCUUCGUGCCUCACCAGAAGACCUUGGCUCUGUGCCGCGGCGUCGAAUCCCGGCCGUGAGGUGCUGGCAAGGGCGCCCUGGCCCAGCUGUGACGCGCGGCCCUUCCCCUGUCGGGAGCCGCUGCCUGACCCCGGGCGAGGAAGGGGACAGCCUCUGUGUCUGGGUCCAGGUCCGCUGCUUCCGAGGGGGCGGCACUGGGGAGAUGGCAGCGCCCGCCGCAGGUAGAGGGCGGCGCUAAGCGGGCCCGCCAGCUGGGGGCCCCGCGGCGCGCAGGGGCGAAGCCUGUAAUUACGGCAGCCGCGGCUAAUGCGCUAAUGAGGGCUUUGCAGGCUUUGUUUUCAUCUUGAGCCCCAGCUGUGGAGUGCGGGGUGGGGUGGCCGAGCCCCGCCCAGAUGGUGUUCAGGGAGCCCGGAGCCAAGCUCCCCUAUGGAGCCGAGAGGGCAGGGUGGGAGGGGCAGCAGCCAACAGAUCCCCAGGCCUGCUGCACCCCUUGGCGGAAGACUGGAAGGCAGGGGGAUGCGCACGAUGGGAGAGGACCCUGGUGCAGACGGCGGGACGGCUGACACUUAGACCCCAGAGAUGCUGGCUGCCAGCUGGGGCGACCCCAGGGGUCGCUGGGGUCAGAUCGUCCCGGCCUAGCCCAGCCCCGGCGGGUGAGACCAAUGGUAAGGAGACUGAGGCCCUGGGUCCUGGGUCCCGCGCUGGACUCUACCCAGCGGAGGCUGCACUUACGGAGAUCACCAUAUGUGGGCGCGGUCAGUGCCCAGGACUGCGCCUUUGCUGACCUCGUCCCUGUUCUGUUCCCUUGUGGUUCAUGAUGCAUAAAUCGUAAGCCCUAGGCCUCGGGACAGCACGGCGGGGGCCCUGGGGACCACCCUCGCCCUGCACUCGGGACUCUGGGACGAGGCGGGAGGUCCGGGGGCCGCAGACGAACACAGGGCUGGGGAGUAUCUGGUGCCAAAUGAGGCGAAAGCUGGCAGAGGGGCCUGCGGGCUCAGGUGCUUCAGCCCCUGGCCGGGAGCCGGGCGUUGUGCAUGGGGCGGGGCUCCGGGACUGGGGCAACGCCUCGUCCUGCAGAGGGAGCCAACGACCUCUCUUCUGCAGAAUCCCAGCCUGGGCAGGCGCUGCCUUCACGCGCGGAUCUGCCCGGGCCGAGGGCACACGCUCACUGCCCCACGGGCCUUCUCCGGGAGGAGGGAAGCAGUUUGAGGGCUGGGUGGAUGGAAACUGCGGCCCGGCCACGGAUAUCACCAUCCCUCCUGACCCGUCCCCAGCAUGCACGGGGCCAGCCUUCUGGCAGGAGCUGUCCUCAACCCAGGACUGCUGAGUGAAGCUGACCCUGGCUUGUACCCCCACUUAAUGCUGCUGCUCCUCUGUCACGCUGCAUCCUCUGCUCUGGGCCCGAGCCCUGCCUGAGUCACCGAGGAGGCACCACCACCAGGGGCUAGAGGUGCCAAACACUCCCUCCUAAAACCCCGCGGCCAGGCGAGGCUGCGCACGUCGGGUGGUUCUGAGUGAAGAGGCCGCAGGUGGCUGAACAGAAAGCGGAGAGAAUGCAGGCGAGUGGGGCGACCUCCCGCCCCCUCUUCAGGACAUGGGCGGUUGGGGGGAUCUCAAACUUGCUGUCCCCACCCACGGCUUGAGGGGGACCCGGGUGUUCUCUUCCGAGCUUUUGGAGUUCAGGAUGUCAAAUGUGCUCACCCUCACCCCAGUGAGCCGCGUCCCACAUGGCCAGGGUGUAGGGAAACCAGACAGCGGCAGGUUGCUGGUGGCAGGGCCAGGCUGUGAGGGACGAGGUGCAGCAGCCUCCCACGCACUGUGAGACCCUGGGUGGUGCUCUCCUGGCUCCGUGCCUGUUUCCCCACGUGGGCCGUGGGGAACUCCUAGAGCUACCUCUUGGGCACGCAUGGUGGCAGCGAUGAUGGGGAGACGCCCGGUGCUCACAGAACUUGAGUCUGGCCGGACCCUGCCCAUGCUGCCUCUUCUCUGACCAGCCCUGGGCACUUACUCCCUCCAAGGCUGAGCCAGAGGACCCGACCCGCCUUGCCCAGCAGCAGGGUGCCCAGCACGGCUGCUGGCCCCGUCUCCCACCGUCACCCCGAGUCCUGAGCUCACUUCUGCCUUCUGCACCCCCUGCCUCUGGGGCCACAGACACACCUCAAGGCCCGGUCUUGGCUGUCUCCAGGAGGACACAGGCAGCCAGCAGUCUCUGGACAAUCAGAUCCAGGUGGGACGCCCACCUCAAGGCUUCCAUCCCACUUCGGCCCCUGCCUGCCACCCGGCUUCCCUGCACCAGGGUGACAAGGGGUCUGCCUGCCCCCUGACUCCGGGGCCAGUCCUAAGAAAUGGAGGGUGUCAGGCUUCGGGGCCAGGAUGCAGGGAGGGCGGAGGCGUCCUGAGGAUGACAGUGACCAGCACUGGCCCCCCCAACACCGCCACAUGUGGGUGCUGAACUUGGGACACCAUGCCCACCGGCAUGGGCCACCCGAGCUCUGACAGCAUUACCUCACCCCGCCCCACCUGUUGCCCCAGCCCAGCCCCCAUGACACGCCUGGUCUGUCUGCGAGUCCUCCAGCUGCUGCCCCUUGUUUCUGUACCGGGUCUCUGCAGUGUUAAACGCACAUGUAAAUAGGGACAGCCUGUCCUCCCCUAAAUGUAAAGCCGCCUGUCCAGUGUAAGGGUGACACCGGCCAGCCGUCUGCACACCUUUAAUAAACUGAGCUGUGCAACUGC